AUGGCUUCAACCACCAGGAAACCAUUCCCUCACGGAAUCCACGUUCCCAGCUUAACAUGGUUCCAGGACACUCCAGCACAAGAAAUUGACUGGGUGGUUCAAAAGAAGCACUUUGAGUUCCUGGUCCGGUCCGUUGUUAUUGCCGGCACCAACGGUGAAGCAGUAACCCUCUCAGCUCAAGAAAAGCGCCAACUGGUCCAGACCGCCCGGGAGAUUGCCACAAACCUCAGCCAACCCCAACUCCCCAUCACGCUCGGCUGCGGAGGUCAGACCACGCAGCAGGUGAUCGCCGAGACGCAGCUGGCCGCCGAAGCCGGCGCCGACUACGCCCUGGUCCUCGUCCCCAGCUACUUCCACUUUGCCAUGACCGAGGCGGCCAUCGUAACCUUCUUCCGGGAACUCGCCGACGCCAGCCCCGUGCCCGUGAUAAUCUACAACUUCCCCGGCGUCGUGGCCGGCCUGGACGUCAACUCGGAGAUGCUGGCGGCGCUGGGCCAGCACCCCAACAUCAUAGGCGUCAAGCUGACGUGCGGCGGCAUCGCCAAGGUGGCGCGCGUGUCGGCGCAGUUCGCGCCCGACGACUUCUUCACCCUCGCCGGCCAGAGCGACUGGUUGGUCCCGGCCAUGGCGGUCGGCAGCGUCGGCAGCAUCACGGGCGUCGCAAACCUCUACCCCAGGUGCUGCGUUCGCAUCUUUGAGCUGUUCAGGGACGGCAGGACGAAAGAGGCGGAAGAGGCCCAGCUAGAGCUGGCCAAGAUGGAGUGGGGGUUCGGCAAGGGCGGCAUCAACGGGACGAAGUUCAUCGUCGCCAAGUUGAGGGGCUACCCGCUCGAGAGCAGUCACUGCCGCAGGCCGUAUCCGCGGUACGAGAGUGAGGAGAAGAAGGAGUGGAUCGAGGGGGUUGUGAGGCCGUUGGAGGUGACGGAGAAGGGGAUCAACAAGCAUUAUUAA